ACAUCCGGUUCCGGGGGAUCCGCGGUGGUGAUGAACGCUCAGUAACCGGUUAGCCUGCUGAGCCUGAGCCGUACUUAAAGUGCUCAUGAUCAGGAAUAUUAUCGCUCUCUUUCCAGCGUUUAUACGCAGUACGAGUUUAGGUAAGAAGAACCACAAAGAGUGCCUGUCGGAUGUAGCGCGUUUGUCGUUGUUGUUUUGAUCUCAAGUUAGUUCAGGUGGAGUAUCUACGGCAACAUGACGCCGGAGACUCGGAUGGUCGUAGUUUGCGUUCUCACAGGGGCACUUUCGAUCCUUAUUACGUUAGGAUGUCUGAAGGAACCAGAUGGCGCCGCUCCGCAGCUCGUAGUGAACGGAAUCAAAGAGCCGCUGGGACUCCGGACCCGAUCCUUGGGAUGCAGAACAACACGACGCGGGGGUUCCUGUGGUCGGACGUGGAGACCCGGACCCUGCUCACCAUCUGGGGCGAGCAGGACAUCCAGGUGGCGCUGGACGGACACUUCCGGAACAGCUUUGUGUACCGGGACGUGGCCCGCCGGCUGGCCGCCACGGGGUUCGAACGCACCCCCGAACAGUGCAGGGUCCGGAUCAAAAGUCUGAAGAGGCAGUUCCUGUUGGCCAAGGAGGGCAACAUCCGGAACAACGGCCAGUACCACAAGAUAUGCAAGUUCUAUGACGCCAUGGAGAACAUCCUCAGCAACCGACCGGUCCUGGACCCCCAGGAGUUCAUGGACAGCGGGACGGGUGGGGACGACACCGCCGACUGCCUGGAGGAGGAGGGAGAAGACCCCCACGACCCCUACUCAGAGAACAUGGGCGACUUCCACAGGCCGGCUGAGACGGAAGUGAAGUUGGAGUACCCGACGGUUCCCAUCCCGAUCCCCAUCAAAGUGACCGUCGGGAAUAACGGCAGCUCUGUGCGUCCUCACCCCAGCAGCCAGCCCACCAGCACUGCCCACUUGACCUCCAGCCCCCUGGCCCCCGGCCCCCUGACCUCCGGCCGGGCCAAACGGCCCAAGAAGCGCCGCGCCAACUUCCCGCUGGAGAAGCUGAUGGAGCAGUUCCUGGAGCAGAGCGCCCAGGCGGAGGAGGGCUUCUACCGCGUGGAGGAGCAGCGGCUGCAGGCGGAGGACCGCCGCAGGGAGGCGGAGCACGCCCGCGAGCUCCAGACCCUCCAGAUGCUGGGCCAGAUGUUUUCCAGCAUCUCCUCAGCCCAGCCCCCCUCCGCAGCCUCCUCCCAUCGGAACGAGCCUCCCGCCCCCCCCCGGGCGUUCCCCAGAGGCUCUGCCUCCCCCUCCGGCCCCCGCGGCCCGCCCACCCACCUCAGACGGACCCCCCCACACCCGACGGCCGACUGGCCCCAGCAGCAGAGCCAGCAGCUCCCGUCAGACCCGCAGGCGCUAGGCAUGGACGAGGAGACCCUCUCCCUGGUGAGGACCAUCGUGCCCGCGCUGACCUCCAAGAAGCACAAGGGCCAAGAUGGACGCAUCGGCAUCAUUGGAGGCUGCCAGGAGUACACCGGAGCUCCGUACUUCGCUGCCAUCUCUGCGCUGAAAGUGGGUGCAGACCUGUCUCACGUCUUCUGCACCCGGGAGGCUGCGAUCGUCAUCAAGUCCUACAGCCCUGAGCUCAUCGUCCACCCAGUCCUAGACAGCCCCAACGCCCUGGAGGAGAUCGACAAGUGGCUGCCCCGACUGCACAGCCUGGUGGUCGGCCCGGGGCUGGGGAGGGACGAGGGGCUGCUGAGAACAGCCAAGGAGGUGAUUGAGAAGUGCAAAGCAAGAGAUAUUCCAAUAAUCAUCGAUGCAGAUGGACUAUGGCUUGUUUCCCAGCAACCAUCUGUCAUCCAAGGAUACCAGAAGGCCAUCCUCACCCCCAACUUCAUGGAGUUCACGCGGCUCUACGAGGCGCUGCACCAGGAGCCUCUGGACGGCAGCGACCGGCGCCGCAGCGUGCUGCAGCUGAGCGGCGCCCUGGGGAACGUCACGGUGCUGCUGAAGGGGGAGCAGGACCUGAUCUCCGACGGCCGGAGAGUGCUCACCUGCGGCCUGCGGGGCAGCGGACGGCGCUGCGGGGGGCAGGGCGACCUCCUCUCGGGGUCCCUGGGGGCGCUGGCCCACUGGGCCUUCAGCGCCACGCCACCGUCCAGAAGCGUGAGCCCCGCCCUGCUGGCCGCCUUCGGCGCCUGCGCCCUGACCAAGCAGUGCAACAGCCAGGCCUUCCAGACCCACGGCCGCGCCACCACCACCUCAGACAUGAUCCAGGAGAUCGGCCCGGCCUUCAGGAAGCUCUUUGAGAGCUGAACACUGCUGUGUUCCUCAACCGAUGCUUUAAGAGACUCUUUCAGUUAAGCUGUCGCUCAAACACUGUCUAAAUAUGAAAACACUGAUUCUUCUCAUGGAUAAAUUGUAUGUGCCUAUAGCUAGAUGAGUAAAGGUGUCCAAAGACCUCUUAAAUCUUUUCAGAUUGGCUUAUACUGUAUAAGGACGGAGUGAGCAGUGUGAUACUAUAUUAUAUACUAUAUUCUGUGUGUAAAACAUGAAAGAAAAUGUAAAAAGAAAUGAUUAGUAAGUUACUCAUAUAAAGAUUUCCAAUAAAUGAU